AGGGCCGUACGGUUUCCGGAAUUCUACAAAGGCAGCGCCACGGACAACUAAGAUGACGCAAUCUCCGGGCGAGGUGGGCGGGGCCCCGCGAGGGCCUUAUUCUGAAGAGUUUCUCACCGGAGCGGAAGCCGUCGAUAAAGAAGCGGCGGCCUUAGGUGCUUGAGUUUCCGAUGAGACGGAAGACUGAAGAGGAAAAGGAAUCUCCCCCAGAGUUACAGAAUAACUGGUAAAUCUGGACAAGAAUACAGACUUGUAACUGCGAAGACCAAGGGUUUUUAUAUUGCUCAGAUCUUUACAAGCUAUCUUGCUGGGAAAUGCCCAAAGUCAAAAGAAGCCGGAAAGCACCUCCAGAUGGUUGGGAGUUGAUCGAACCAACGUUGGAUGAACUAGAUCAAAAGAUGAGAGAAGCUGAAACUGAACCCCAUGAGGGAAAGAGGAAAGUGGAAUCUCUAUGGCCCAUCUUCAGGAUCCAUCACCAGAAAACCCGCUAUAUCUUUGACCUCUUCUACAAGAGGAAAGCCAUAAGCAGAGAACUCUAUGAAUACUGCAUCAAAGAGGGCUAUGCAGACAAAAACCUCAUUGCAAAGUGGAAGAAGCAGGGCUAUGAGAACCUAUGCUGCCUACGCUGCAUUCAGACUCGGGACACCAACUUUGGCACCAACUGCAUUUGCCGGGUUCCCAAAAGCAAGCUGGAAGUGGGUCGCAUCAUCGAGUGCACACACUGUGGCUGCCGCGGUUGCUCUGGCUGACACUCUUGACUCCUUUGCAUCCUGGACUUUGGACCUUGGGCUCAUGCUUACUGGCCCACUGCCUCCUGAAGUAACUCUUCUCAGAGUGGUGCUCAGAGAAAAGACCCAGGGGAAGCAUGAGCUCGUCUACAGGUGACGGCUUUAGUGUCACCAGCUGAGAUCUGUAAAAAUAAAGCCUUUAGACCUCUUGA